ACAGUACUUGUUAACAGACUCACAGACCUGCCUAUGGGACUGCAGCCACAGGACGCAGAGAGAGACAAGUUCCCCAAGCUUCAGCAUCCCACCACAGAUUGGGCAACUUCUUCUUCUCUACUAAAUUAACUUCUGCUGAGGGGGUCUCAUUUUGACAUCGUCUCCUGCAGUGAUCAAAGCUGGGAAGUUCUGGAAUUUAAAAGAAAAGCUACUUUUCAGGCUACUGCUCUCAAGAUGAUUCCCUCUAUUUCACUGGUGGUACUAUUGACUGUGUGGGCUUCCGAUGCGAAAAAAAUUCCACAGACAAACAGUGCAUCUCUUGAAAAAGAUAUGUUAAAUCUCGACAUUCAAGUCAUUCAAAGCCAUGGUUAUGACAAUGAGGAUGUGAAAGGACUGGAAUGGGACAAGCACCACAAGAGAGCACCGCGGGGUGCAGACAACGAGGACACAGGCGCAGGUGAACCUCAGUCUACCUUCUCACGGUCUUAUGUGAACGAGUUCACCUCACCCAGAGCUACCCAGUUCUCUAGCUCAACCCUGGAAACUGGGGCCAACACAGCCUCAACCCUGGAAACUGGGGCCAACACAGACUCAACCCUGGAAACUGGGGCCAACAAAGACUCAACCCUGGAAACUGGGGCCAACACAGACUCAACCCUGGAAACUGGGGCCAACAAAGACUCAACCCUGGAAACUGGGGCCAACACAGACUCAACCCUGGAAACUGAGGCCAACACAGACUCAACCCUGGAAACUGGGGCCAACACAGCCUCAACCCUGGGAACUGGGGCCAACACAGACUCAAUCCUGGAAACUGGGGCCAACACAGACUCAACUCUGGAAACUGGGGCCAACACAGACUCAACCCUGGAUACUGGGGCCAACACAGACUCAAAUCUGAACACUAGGGCCAACACAGACUCAACCCUGGACACUGGGGCCAACACAGACUCAACCCUGGACACUAGGGCCACUGGGGCCAACACAGACGUGGAUCAGGGCAACAGCAGCACUACAGGAAGGUGGAUCACCAACAUCCACAACCCUCUGUACCCAGUGACUGACAGUUCUUACACUGCCUACGCUGUCAUGUUCCUGUCCCUGGUGGUGUUCUCUGUGGGGAUUAUAGGGAACCUGGCUGUGAUGUGCAUCGUCUGGCACAACUACUACAUGAGGAGUACCUGGAACUACAUCCUGGCCAGCCUGGCUUUUUGGGACUUCCUGGUGCUCUGCUUCUGUUUACCUGUGGUGGUCUUCAAUGAGCUCACCAAUAAGAGGCUGCUGGGGGACAUCUCAUGCAGAGCGGUACCAUAUAUGGAGGUGACCUCCCUAGGGGUGACAUCCUUCAGCCUGUGUGCCCUGGGUAUAGACCGCUUCAACUCUACCACCUGCUCCCAGCCCAAAAUCCGUCGAGUGGAGAGCUGCCAGUCCAUCCUGGCCAAGCUGCUGGUCAUAUGGCUGGGCUCCAUGGUGCUGGCGGCACCAGAGCUGCUCCUGUGGCAGCUCAGCCAGGCCGUGUCUCCAGCCACAGGGGCUGUGGUGGACUCCUGCACCAUGAACCCCACCUCCAACCUCCCCGAGUCCAUCUACACCCUGGUCAUCAACUACCACGAGUGCCGCAUGUGGUGGUACUUUGGUUGCUACUUCUGCCUGCCCGUGGUCUUCACCCUGCUGUGCCAGCUGGCCACCUGCCACGUGUCCCAUGACGGUAUCCCCCGGCGCCUGGAGGAAGGUUCCCCCUCCAAGAAGCAGAAGAUACAACACAGUCAGCAGGUGGAACGCCAGCUCAACUGCACCGUGAUGGCCCUGGCCGUGGUCUACGGCGUCUGCGCCCUGCCGGAGAACGUGUGCAACAUCGUCCUGGCCUACACCGCCAUGCCCAUCUCUGACGACACCGCCACCCUACUGGCCCUCAUCAACCAGUUCUCCCUGUUCUUCAAGUCGUCGGUGACGCCGGUGCUGCUGCUGUGCCUCUGUAAGUCUCUGAGCCAGGCCUUCAUGGACUGUUGCUGCUGCUGCUGUGAGGAGUGCCAACCCAGUGGCUCCCAUUCCCCUGGCACCGAGGCCAAACUCAAGAGCACCAACGAGAUGUCCUCCUCCAUCUUCUUUGACAAAGCCAAGGACAGCUCCACCAUCCUGUCGAUCAGCGCGUCCAGCUGAACUGACCUCUCCUGCUUUCUUUCCUUUCCAUCGCCUAAACUGGUUAGAUGUGGUAACAAAGCAACUCACCUUUCAGCAGUGGACAUUCCAACCUCAACCAUAGACACACCUUUUUGUUUUCCAGUGCCAGCGUCACCUUCUCUGUAGCCUUAAUGUCUGUAAUGUCUCUCCUUUUGAUGUUCUCUCCAAAUAGAUACAACACCCCAUCCAGUUUUAAGGUGGUUCAUUUGACAGGAAGUUCAGACAUUGACUAAGUGCAGACUAGGGGGAGGGGCUGGAGAGAAGAAGGAGAAGAGCUCCAUUUAAUAUCCUUGUAGAAGUGUCACCCCAAUGUGUGUAUUUUAAGGAUUAUUAGGUCAAAAAUAAACAGAGUAUUAUGUUAUAUUACUAUACUAGGGUUGACUAACAGCCCCAGAGUGUCCCGGCACUGAGAUCAUUAUUUCUUGAUGUCACAACUAUUAACAUAUCUGUAAUAUGAUGUGUGUUGGCUCUUUAGUCGACACAGAUAAGUUUGCCUUGUCAUUUUCUUCAUGCCCCCCCCCUCAAUUAUCGACACAGCUAUUUCAUCUUUAGCCGUCCCAUGUCAUUGUGUAUCAAUUAUUGUUUUGAGUUAUAUUAAUAAUCAACGGGGAUGGUUUAGACAUAGUAUUUUCCAUAAAAUCAAAGUGCUGUGAAUAAUGCAAAGUUAUUUUACCAGAUAAUCAUGAGAAGUCACUGUACAGAGGUCAAGGUUAUAAACAGGUUAUAAGAAGGUUAGGAAAGAAGUCAGACAUCAUUUUAUGAAUAAGAGACACAGCUGUAGUUUGUAAUUUAUCAGCGCUAGUCAUUUUUCUCACGGAGAGAUUUCAUAAACGUCAGUUUUUAAAAAUUUGCUCAACCAGAUGAAGGGAUUUUGGGUGAUUUGUGCUUGAUGUGCAUCCCAUUGACCAUCUGAAACUCAAUAAUGGGGUCCUCUCUCUGACCUGGAACAUAUUUAUCCUCUCACUGAUUCAGGCUUUGGACAGCAGCAGAGCUCCUCUCAUAAGGGUGUCAUUGUUCUCCAGGGGCCAGUGGAAGCCUCCACUCUGAGGCCCUGGGAGUGGAACUACAGUUGAGUUGCCAGGUUACCGUCCCAAAAUUCACGGGUAUUGUAGACGGGCCAAAACCGGACAGGCCUUCCACCGUUUUCUCACCCCUGUCUGGUGCUCCAGUCCAAAUGAACACGUGGCACUACUGCAUGUUCUCUCAUGUUGUCGUGAAGGUAUAUAUGUUUUUUGAUCAGUUACAAUGGAGAUGGACGUUGGCUUGGGGAUGUGAGACGUUUCCAUUGUGAUGGACUAGGUUCAAUCAGAGAACACCACCACAGUACAGACACCAGAAUUAUGUAAUGUGUUGUUUCCAACAUACAAUGAAACUCAAGCCAACCUGAUUGGACAGCAUAUCAAAAGAUCACCAGUAAGCCAAUAGAGGGCAAUAGUAAUGGCGUCUUUUUGUAGGUAUUAACAAGAGGCUAACUUCACCAGGGCUUGUUGGCUAAAGUCUAUGGGGAUCAACACUGUAAAUAAGGUCUGAGGAGAUCUUAUACUGUACGUUUUGCUCUAUGAGAUAAUCUUCAUCAGCUAACCAGUGUCCAUAUUCAGGUUCCUAUGCCUCUGCUGCAGUUAGUUAUUUAACUCUAAGUUAGUAAUUAUUGUAACCCUUACGAAAAAAGAUUGUAGUUAUUUUAACCCUUACGAAAAAAGAUUGAAAUUAUUGUAACCCUUACGAAAAAAGAUUGUAAUUAUUUUAACUCUUGUGAAAAAAUAUAUAAAUUAUUUUAACCCUUACGAAAAAGAUUGUAAUUAUUUUAACCCUUACGAAAAAAAGAUUGUAAUUAUUUUAACGAAAAAAGAUUGUAAUUAUUUUAACCCUUACGGAAAAAAGAUUGUAAUUAUUUUAACGAAAAAAGAUUGCGGCAAAUAGUGUGUCCAAAAUAACACUUUUUUUUACGACAGUAAUUUUGCAGUGUAACAGUGCACUGUACUGUAAAUGCAGUUCAACUUUUGUAAGGGCACCUUUUGUCAAUUUUGAAGCAUUUAUGUAAUCAAAACAAGCACAUAAAGUGUUCAUCAUUGAUAAAGCUUAUGUAUUAUCUCAUAAAACAAAAUGUAUAAGAUCUCCUAAUGCUAUGUUAACCUCAGACCUUAUUUUCAGCGUUAGUGGGGCAAAAAAGUAUUUAGUCUUUUUUUGUCUGUCAUAGUUGAAGUGUACCUAUGAUGAAGAUUUACAGGCCUCUCUCAUCUUUUUAAGUGGGAGAACUUGCACAAUUGGUGGCUGACUAAAUACUUUUUUGCCCCACUGUAUAUCCCAAAACCCCAUUCUUUCCUCAUUUAAUUUUCAUCAUAGGACAGGCAAACAAACCAGAGGUAGAAAAUGCUAACUCAUUAAUGUUUAUUACCAAUACCCAAUUGUGAUUAGCUUAGAAGUCAGUUUGAAUGUACAGAGACAGUCUGGUUUCUCCAUUAAAUGAUGCACUGAUUGAAGAGUUUAGAGACAGAGGAGGUAUUUUUUCCCCCGGGGGUGGUUGACCUCUUUAGAGUCUCUCUCUCUGGGUCUUGGAGCAUGUUCAGAGGCUGUCAGGGCCUGGGCAGAUGGUGCUGGAGACUCAUUAGCAGUGAGCGGAGCUCCUCACCAGCUCCUGUGGACACUAAUGACUGUACAGUGAACAGUCGCCUCUCUGUUUCAUUAAUGAAGCCACCGACACAAAUCAACGUCCCCAUGCCACAACAUCCAGUGUCAGUCCGGUAGGUAAACAAAUGGAGAGAGUCAUUCCAGGAUGAAAAGUUGACUACAUGAUGACGCAGCAAGCUGGCGUUACAAGCAGCAAUAGGACAGAAGUUAUCAACCUUAUAGAUCAGAUAAUGUCUACUCAUUUGAUUGAUACUGUAAGUGCAUAUCUAAAUGCUUGAUGAAACAAUGUUUUUGAUUAAACUACUUUUUCCUGCA